AUGCGUCCGGCAGCGACGUUCAACUGCGCCCAAUUGCUGCUCCGCCGUGGCGUGCUGCGUGGCGUGUCACUCGUGUCCAAGAGGGCGUUGCUGAUACUUCCGAGUCGUUGCCUUUUUUUUUCAAAGCCACAUGACCUUUCUGUGCUGCUGCUGCUGCUGCUUUCUCGCUUCCUUUCUGCCCACUGCCGCGGCGUGUUAGCCGUGGCCUGCAUGGGUGAGGACGGCGCCCGACACGAAAUUUCCCUCCGUGCCGCGAGGGACACCAGCGGCUCGUACGGCUCCCGUGCGCUUCGCUGUCGCCCACCCCAACUGCUCCAUUUGUGCGUCUCACCGCGCCGGUUGGGCGCCAUGUGA